AAGGUGAGAUGAACCCCUUGACCCUAGCUAGUCCGGCCCCUACUCACAUGUUAAGAUGUUCCUCAGACCAUUUCCCAAUUAAUUUCUGCCACCUAUCAUUCUCAUCCCCACCCUCUCAUUCUCCAAUUAUCCUUCAAUCAUAAUACCAACUCCCUAGUACUCCUUUCAUUCCAAAACUGUUAACAUUAAUGGCUUCCACUUCAGUUUCUACUAGAUUUUUCUUGAUUUGGCUUGUUAUAUUCUUGGCAUGCCAAGAAUUUUUUACUUCAUCACUAGCCUUGCACAAAACAUCUUUGUUAAAUGUACCAGCUUCUGCUAUUUCAGCUGCACCUGCAUUGUUACCAAAUCCACCUUCAUUUUCACCUACUCUUUCUCCUGAUAUAAGUCCUCUUUUCCCUUCACCAGGUGGCUCUGAGCUUGCUCCUACUGAUUCUUCACUACCCUUAAUUCCUUCUAGUCCUAGCCCUCCUAACCCUGAUGCUAUGAUUGCUCCUGGACCUAUUUAUAUGCCGUUUUCGCCUACUGAGUCUUUGCCGGUUUCUUCUGCUGUUCCUUUGUUGUCAUCUCUGUGUACAAUGCUGGUCUUGUGUUUGAUAUCAUCUUGGUUUACUCAACUCCUCGGUGUGUGAAGGCUCAAAGAUGUUUGGUUGUGCGAUCUUGUGAGGUACUUCAGAAGUUUCACUCUUUUCCCCUCUGUUUUGAUAUAUUAAUGUACUAUACUCUGUCAUCUUGUUUCUGUUGUGUAAUUUUGUUAGGCUUCAUUUCUGAUUUGUAUCACAUUUUUGUUGCUAGAUUAGUUGACAAAUAAAUCGGAAGGGAAUAAGCACGAUUUCUUUA